ACUUGAAUAACUGGAAUCCAAAAAACGAAGAAGCAAAAUAACAAUCUAGAAAUAUAGGAAAACGAUGAGAUUCGGUGGACGACAGUUUCCCCUCAAAACUGUUCUCGCAUUGAUUGGAAUCGCAGGUUUCCUCGUGUUGUUGCAGCUUUCAAGGAAAGCCAUCUUUCUAAAAUAUCUCCCAACUCAGUUUCCAGAUGUAUCAGCAAGCUCUUGCAAACCAAAGCGUCUCCACGAUGACAUUUCCAAACUGUACAGAAUGUACGAUGACGUCAAGGCCUUUGUUAUGUUUAUUGGUUGUUCAAAAACGCAAGAGGGUCUUCUAGGGGCAAUAUUAGAUGCACACCCAGAAAUAUUGCUUUCACGAGAUUAUGACACUAUUGGAAACUGGAAAAUGUACCAAGAUAAAGGGCUUCGUGAAUCUGGUCAUCAAAAGCAUAUGUUGUUUUUCUUCMUGCAAUAUCUUUCCAAUUUUCAAGCGAUUUUCAAGGACUAUAUGAACAAACCAAGCAUAUUCUGGGUCUGGAAAUCUAGCGUUAGUAGCAUCAAUUAUAACACUAUUCCUGGAACGUGGCAGGGAAGAACAGAUGGAAACCUUAAGGUUGUUGGUGAAACAAGUGGAUGUAGUACUUUCAAGAAACUCAUUGACAGUGGCGAGGAUUUUACAGUAUUUAAAGAAAUCCAAAAGGCGCUGGAUAUUCCUSUCAAGUUUAUUCAUGCUGUUGAUAAUCCAUAUGAAGUGAUUGCUUUAAACAGCACUCAACAGUCUUUGUCUGAUGGUCAGAAAAGUUUUACUCCAGUAUUUCAAGAAUCAAUAAAGGAAGAAUUCGCAGUUUUAGACAUCACUACCAAGCAGCUAACKACUGAGCCACGAAAAACUUUAAAGCGUAUUUGUAAUUUUCUUGAGAUUCAUUGCACGCAAAGCUAUUUUAACAAAGUACAACACUUUCUGSAAAAAACAGAGCAAUUUUAAAAAAAUUAUAGGAAUA